UCUUUUUAUUAUUCUUCUUUCUUCUUCUUAUCCUAUCUCUAUUGAAUGGGAAUCUUUUGUUUUAUCACGCACGUCGUUAAGGAAUAAAAUUGAUUGCUUACAAAAAGAAAAGAGAGAGUACUUUGCUUUACCCUGCUGACUUUAGCAUCAAAAUAUAUAUUUUAUGUUUCUCAACCAGGAUAUGAAGAUGUCUGUGUCUUCCAUUCCAACAAUAAAGAGGGGUGUACUUUGAGAUCUCAUUUCACUUGGAGCUUUUACUCUCAUUGUUCAGAACUCUUAGCAGAAAAUGUCGAGUUUUCUUGAUUUCCAGUACAACCUUUCGAAAAGGAAAUUCUUGCGGAAGCCAACCCGAAUGUUUUCCAGACAAGAAUCCGGCUUGUUGCCUGUCUACCAGCUGGAUAAUGAGGAGAUUAAGCGGGUGUUUGAUAAAUUUGAUUCGAACAAAGAUGGGAAGAUUUCUAAAGAGGAGUACACGGUCAUACUGAAAGCACUUGAAAAGGAAAGCACGAGCAGAGAGGUUGACAAGAUAUUCGAGGUUGCCGAUCUGGACAGGGAUGGGUUUAUUGAUUUCAAAGAGUUUCUGGUAGUGCAGAAUAAGGGAGGUGGGGUGAAGAAAAUGGACGUGCAGAGUGCCUUUCGGACAUUUGAUUCAGAUGGCGACGGGAAAAUAAGCGCCGAGGAAGUGCAUGAGUUGUUGAGGCGGCUUGGGGAGAAGUGCACCCUAUCCGACUGUCGGAAAAUGGUGAGUGCGGUGGAUGCCAAUGGCGAUGGUGUGAUUGACAUGGAUGAGUUCAUGACAAUGAUGACUCGCAACAUGAAGCUUUGCUAACGUUCAACCACAGUUGCUUCUCUUCCAAAACCACCUUGUAUGAUAUAUAUAUUGAUUGCCUAGGGAAAAAAUGCAGCGAUGCUGUGACUUUGUACCAUAAGUAGAAAAAUCUAAUGAAUAUCAUCUCUGUAAUUAUGUAGCAAAGGGACAAAAUCCCCCGCUCUUCGGGGAUGCCCUUAGCAUUGAGGAACAUGUACUAGGGUGUAUGUGCGACUUGUUCAUAUCAUGGGCUGGUUUAGAUCGAUCCUAACCGGAUGAUUAUAGAAUAUUAAACCCGGCAAGAAAAUCAAAUCUUAAAUCGCGGAUUUGUGUGAAAUCCGUGCUAUUUUCAUUCAACCGCUACAAGAUCAACGAUUCCAUAAGCUUCGGCUUCUUUUGCUGACAUAAAAACAUCCCUCUCCAUGUCUUCAGAAACAACCCAUAAGGGUUUGCCCGUUCUUUGUACAUAAACCCUUGUGAGGGUUUCGCGCAGUUUCAGCAGUUCUUCUGCUUCCAGGAUAAAUUCUCCCGUUUGUGCCUCAUAAUAAGCACUCGCAGGUUGAUGGAUCAUUACCCUAAUGAUAUAAUAUAAUAAAAGGUUCCUCUAUCUCGCAGAGAAAAGAAAGAAAGAUAAAGAAUAACAAGAAAAAAAAAAAGAUAGAA